UUUAUGAUGAGUUCUCAGAGUGCGCUCUUCUCAGGAAGCACCCGCCCCUCCUCCAUCCAACUUCGACAUCCUUAACAAGCUGCCAAGUCUAAGGACAUGGUGAUCCACACGGACUCGGCCAAGGCUCUAGCUGACUCUCUGGACGCGGCCCAGGUGGACGGCUUCCCUUACUUCAACACCUUGCUGCGUAUCCUAGCAACACGCUGCAUGAUGCAGGCUGUGUACUUCUGCUCCGGGAUGGACAGUGACUUCCACCACUAUGGACUGGCCUCUCCCAUCUACACACACUUCACCUCACCUAUCAGACGAUACUCUGACAUCAUCGUGCAUCGGCUGCUGGCUGUAGCCAUUGGAGCAGACAGCACUUACCCAGACCUGAUGGACAAACACAAGCAGUCUGCCCUCUGCAACAACCUCAACUACAGACACAAGAUGGCCCAGUACGCACAGCGAGCCUCUGUAGCCUACCACACACAGCUGUUCUUCAAGAGCAGAGGCAUCCUGAACGAAGAGGGCUUCAUCCUGUUUGUGAGGAAGAACGCCAUCAUCGUCCUCAUCCCUAAGUUUGGUCUGGAGGGAACGGUGUUCUUUGAGAACAAAGAUAAACCCAGCCCCAAACUGAUCUUCAACGAAGAGGCUCCUAGUCUGACGGUGGAGGGCCACUCCUUCAACAUGUUUGACAAGGUCAAAGUGACCAUCAGUCUGGAUGCGUCCAACGUCCAGCACCAGAAGAUCAGGAUGUCCCUGGUUGAACCUGUGAUCUCUGGAGUGAGUGUGGCGCCGUCUGAACCAGAACCAGAGGUCAAGAGAGCUAAACUGGACCGUUGAACAACCCCAUCCUCAGACUGAAACUCUUCUCCUAGUUCAGUUUAGAGUUAUUUUAAAUGUCUAGCUUUUCUCUUCUACAUUACAAGCCUUCAGUCAGAACCUUUUUUUCCUUGACCUAUAGAAAGUCAUCCUUCCAGGUAAAUGUUAAUGGGAUGAUUUACUGUGGCAAGACAUAAUGACCCAUGGGGUUUGUACGGUCUAUUCUGGAAGGAAUGUUACCUUGUAAAACUCCCAAUAAAGCUCUUGGUUUUAGCCCAUGUUCCUUUUCUCA